ACGGAACGCUAGUCCGGGCGGUAAAAAAAAGGCUAGAAAACAGUCGUUACCUUUCCUCACUAGUGCACGAUCUUCGAGCGAGAUAGACGUAGUCUAUAUUGAUAGAAUCGGUGUAGGUCUGAGUUUUUGUGGCAACCAGAAACAUUUAUCCAACCCUAGCCCACAAACUGUGUUGGUUUGUCGGGCUAGGGGUCGUGUCGUGUAAACUAGAUAAGUGGAUGGUAGAGUCUACUGCUCGGUGAGAGAGAACGGCUGCUGACACACACGAUUGAGAGUAUCAUGUACCCGAUUAGCAGUUCCAAAAAUCUGGCACAGGCCAGACUUCGCAAUAUGAGUAGUCGUUCUCCGACGUCUACCAGUGAUCAUGUCCAGGUUCAUCAUGCUGCGUCGGCUAGUGUCGACUACCCUGUCGCAGGUCCGCUCAUGGCCACAUCAUCACCAACACAAUCAAGUCCGAGGAGGUCGUCGCUACCCGAUGCAGUUGUCAGGUUUGCAGAGAUGCUGAAGAAACGCUACGUUGGUGCUAAGGUACUGUUGGGCAAGGGUAUGUGCGCUAAACCGAACAGACGAGCGCUAGAUAAGAUGUUUGUGAAUGUCGUUAUCAUACCUCGUGAAGACCUGGCAUCACUGAAUGAACAAACAUUCUUCGGUUCGCAAAGCGAUGUGCAGAAGUUGAGCCAUGUCUUCUCGCGGGUUGCGGACAAAGUGCAGCACGUGCAACUGGCCAAUAUGUUUGACUUUGACGGGGAAGACAUUGAUGAAGACGAAUCAGUUCGUGUAUUGGCUGUUGCAUGUGCUGGCGCUGGCAAAACGACCAUCUUCGUGUUGAAAGGUCCGCUGGACUGGGCAAGAGGUUUAAUGUGGCACGAGUUUGACAUUGUGAGUGCGUUAGCAUUGCGUGAUGCAAGUGUUCGACAUGCCAGAAAUGUUGUUGAUCUGUUACAGCUAGAGCGCUAUGGAAUUGUAGAUGUGGAGGAGCAAAAAGAAAUUGCUUCCUUUGUUCAUGCCAAUCUGAAACAUGUGUGUGUGAUUCUGGAUGGGUUGGAUGAAACUGUGCUUGGUGACUGCAGUGAUUUUGUGCGUGGCAUUAUUCGUGGUGAGGAGUUGAAAGGCAUUCGACUGCUUCUCACGUCACGCCAUUCUGCAGAAGUGAUGAAACUGUCUGUUUCAUGUCCAUUUGAUAGGCGGGUUGAAGUACUGGGUUUCACCAAAGGCAAUGUUCUCGAGUAUGUGAACAAUGCUCUCCCAUGCACAGAGGCUAGCAGGCUACUAGAGAAGGUGGAUGCUGAUCCCAGCCUCUCAGCUAUUAUGCAAACACCUUACUUCACACAGUCGACGUGUGAUGUGUUUCGUAGUUGUGGCUCUGUACCUUCAUCACUGUUUGGUAUCUUCAUGUCGUUGAUACUGAGUAUGAUUCGACAGAACACUGAGAGUGCGUAUCCAGACUGGGUGUCUGUGCCACGCUUGCUGCAGGAGCAAAUUCUUGAGUUGGGUCAUUUUGCUUUUGUAUCGAUAAUGAAAAAGAAAGUAGUGUUCAGUGAUUCUGAUCUAGAUGCAGAGCAGGUUUCUAGAGAAAGUCGAUCACUUGGUGUUCUUGUAGCUUGUGAGUCACUGUCAUACCCGUCCAUCACUCAAUGGCAAUUCAGCCAUCUUUCAGUGCAAGAAUGUCUUGCUUCUCUUUACAUGGCAUCCACUAAUCCUGAUGCCAGUGAUGUAGAAUAUUUAGUGAGGCAAGUAGGAGCUCUGACGGGUCACUUGAGCACAUUUUGGUGUCUUCUUGCAUCACAACUGACAGCGGUCAGCAGAGAGUCGUUGAUUGCAUCCAUUCUCACACAGCGUAUCCCUGAUAAAGAGGAUGUGAACAAGCUGACAUCAUGUUGCGAUGUGACAAAGUUUCUUCGCUGCUCCGAAGAUGAUCUUCUUGAGGUGGUAGAGUUGCUAUGUGAGCAUCUUGAUGAGGCAGCAGUGCAGAGUUUAGCAAGGUGUCUUCUUAAAGAUCUACUGCCAGACAAUGUGAGUGUGGCACAGGCCAUUGAAGAAGUUCUUCCUCACUCUUUCUCGUCGUCUUUGUACGACGUAGUUCAUGCUCUUUUGCAGCUGUGGCGUCGCAAAGUCCCCCGUGCCAGUAUGAGAAUACUGUGCACUGCCUUGAAGUCUAUCAACCCGCAUGCAUCCAACUGUCUCCACCAGUAUUUUGCAUCGGAACGCACGGAAGACUCACAGGCUGCAGAACGUCUUUCUUCAGCUGCGAUGGACUGUUCUGUACAUUCUGUCAUGAGUGUUCCACCACGGGUGUCGUAUUCGCCAGCUGACGUGAUACGUGAACAAUUGACUCCAGUUCGCCGCCUAUUGUUGUUACUGGCUUGUCGUGUGUAUGCACAGCCCAGUGCAGACACAGACAACAUGACCAGCUGUAGUCAGUCACCUUCACCUCGUCUAGAACUAGCCUUCGAAUAUUAUGGCUUUGAUUUCACCAACGUGGCUAUCUCGCCUGCUGACUGUCAUCAUCUUUCGUCUGUACUGAGAAAUCACAGUAGGUCUGUUAGUCGUGUGCGUCUGCGAAACUGUCAGAUUACUGAUGAUGGUUUUGAGCAACUCACUAUAGGUCUAACUCAUUGUCAUGGGCUGGUUGUGUUCUCUAUCCCAAACAAUGCACUGACUGACUGUUCUGUGGCAUGUAUCCAUAGUGUUAUCUGCGAAAACCACACGGCUCUUCGACAACUUACCUUACGGGAUUUGCAGCUGACAUCAUCUGGCUAUGCUCAGCUGGUACCCGCAGUGAUCACAUGUCAUGACCUGGAAAUCCUGUCCAUAGGUAGUGUGUCCUGUCAGGAUAUCAAAACUAAUGUUCUCAUAGCUCUCACCGUGCUGGCUGACUGUAAGUCUCUUACAUAUCCCCGGUUUUACUUCCCGAUCGGUGAUGAUGGUCUUGUUCUGCUUUCUGGACUGCUGACAGCACGGCCAUUCAGUGGCAUGUCCUUGGCGCGUGCAGUGCUCACGCCACACAGCACUUGGGUUGUCAAACACGUUCUUCGUGUACACUGCCGGAACCUUCAAUUUCUUGAACUGAGAGACAAUGAUCUUUCUGACAUGUUUCUGUGCAGCAUUGCACCAUGUCUGAAGCAGUGUAAAUCACUGGUGACACUGGCGGUCUCAGGAACAGGCCUUACUUCACAGUCACUUCCGGUACUCGCUGAUAUUCUGUCUUCUUGUCCUGAUCUCCAAAUUGUUUUUCUGCAUGGGAAUGACUUUCAAGCGGAGAAUGACGAGGGCAGUAGGCAGUUUGCAUCAGCUGUACAUGAAUGUCAAAACCUCUUGUACCUUUCAGUACCAAAGCCAGAGUUAGUGAAUGAUCAGCUAUGGAGAUUACUUGACUAUGUUCAUCGCGAGAGAGCAGGUCAACUACGGAUUGAUUGCUGAUGACAUUGUUGGGCAUAACCAACAGUGAAGAUAACGUGUAUAUGCGCAGUGGAAGGAAUGCUAUCGCUUGUCAGACAUGUAAACACUAGACACAGAGAUGAACAUUCUUACGAUAGCACACUGGUCAUGUGAUGUCAUGUUGAACCACUGCUGGUGGUCAUGUGAUGUCAUGUUGAACCACUGCUGGUGGUCAUGUGAUGUCAUGUUGAACCACUGCUGGAAUGGUUACUACUGCACAUGGUACUGAUCAGGGAAGUUGAGGAAGAGAGGGAGAGUGGGACAGGACGAUAUAUAACACUCCAGUUGUGUCUGUUGGUGAAAACACUUGCCACACACACCUGCUGUGUGGAAGCCUGCUCGUUCAGUAGAAGUUGUUGGCUUGUCUGUCCCAAUGGUGAUUCAGCACGUUCUAUUCAUAAGGUGAACAUGUGAUCAUGUGAUGAAGUACUUUAUUUUUAAGAACACUCUCUCACCAUUUCACAUUUUUGUGGCAGUUUUUACAUUUCUAUUCCAUCACUUGACUAUGGUAUUUUAUGCCCAUGACUUCACAUGUCUAUGACAUCACAUGCCUAUGAUGUCGUAAUAACUACGAUGUCACUUCAUCAUCGUCCGCGAUUCCUCGCACACGGGCCACGGCUUUGUUGUAGCUUGACUAUGACAUCACCAGACUCCAUGAUCACAUGACUAUGACAUCAUAGCAUGCCAGAAUUAUUUUUAGUUUCAGUACAAUAAUAAUCAUGAUGAGAUACGUUCUCAGUUCAGAGAGUAAAUUGGACGUUGGAGCAGAAACUGGUGGUACGGAUGUUACGCACUGACGUUGAUCAUGACCAGCAGCCACGUGACUGGAGAGUGAAAAGAGUGAAAGAUUUUCAGAGAUCUCAGCGUACUGGCUGUUCUCUGUGAUUCCUCCGCGGUCAUGAAACAAAGGUGAGUGGCAUUCAGUAGCAUUCGUCUGCCGGGGGAAAUCACAGGAUUGGAGGGCAAAGAUGGUGGUAGUUGUGUGCCGAACGCUCUAAUGCAAGUAUAUCUGCCAGAAGACUGGAGUGAAGUGUUGUGUGGCUCAGUCCCCAGCCGCAGUGGAGCCGUGUUGUGGCGCGCACUGUGCGUCCUGCGGCUGCUGCUUCCGUUCGGUCUAGGGCAGGAAUAGACACCGCUGUUCAGGUUCUCCCCCGGCCAUACGUCAGUCUCGGGGAAACAGUCGUAGGUGACCUGAAUCCCGGCGACCUCUCGUUGUGUCCCGGACGCCGUGGGACGGCAUUCUCCUCUUCUCUCAGUCUCGUGGAAACAGUCGUAGGUGACCUGAAUCCCGGCGACCUUUCGUUGUGUCCUGGACGCCGUGGGACGGCAUUCUCCUUCUCUGCUCCUCCGGGCCGACGUGACCCUUGUGGCAGUGGCUCGAUAGGACAGGACAGGACAGCUAUUGUUGAUGUUGUUGGUGAUUCAGAGGAGGUGAUUUCUCGGUGGCAUUCAGUAGCAUUCGUCUGCUGGGGAAAAUCACAGGAUUGGAGGGCAAAGAUGGUGGUAGUUGUGUGCCGAACGCUCUAAUGCAAGUAUAUCUGCCAGAAGACUGGAGUGAAGUGAAUAUGUUUGUGUUAUCGUAUCAACAGCAGAGCGGUCGUCCUGUUAUUUCUGCAGCUGUGUAGCAGAUGGAUGUGACUACUACAAG